AUGUUGCCAUCAGUGCUUAGGUGCCAGGUUGCUACUUUCUGUGCCUUCCUACUGAUUGCGUCCGUAUGGGCCCAACCGGCAGGCGGAGGAGAGUGGACGAUCGGACAAGUUCCCACUGCACACCAUGCGGAUGUGGACCCAUGGAGCCACGAUGAACCAUGGCACGCUUUCGAGUCCGGCUCGAGCUCAGUAGACAGCCGCGAGGGAUGGGCUGGAGCUCCUUCUUCCUCUUUCUCAUCGGUUCCCGAGUGGCGAGAGGUGCAAGACUCUUACCCAUCUUUUUUCUCUUCAGGCACCGAUCAACGACCCGGUCUUACCCAUGCGGUUCAUGCCGGUCCAGAACAGCAUCGGGGCAUGCCCGCCUGGCAGCAAUCGCCAGAGCAACACCACGACUUGGGCGCCUUUCAACAGGCUCAGGGACAACCUCCUGGAUCGCGCCGCUUCCAACAAAUUGCUGAUCAGCAUCCAGGAACGUCGGGAACUCAAAAUCUUCUCGAGCAGAAUGCCAGAAUGCGCACCUUUGGGCAACCGCAGAAUCGACCUCCUGGCGUGUCCACCUAUCAGCAUGCACCAUGGCAGUAUAUGCACCAACCCGUAGCUCAGCGGGCUCCAGUGCAGCGUUGGGAACCGGUGGCAGGCUGGAUGGACCCGCCUACGAAGCCCAGCUGGUUCUCCAGGAACGCCGAUCACCUCCUGGGCGUGAAUCACAUAAGAAUGGCCACGGCGCAGGCGAUCUUUGAUUGGAGACGAGCCGAGUGGGAGCUGUGGAGGAACAACAUGCGCGCGGCGAUGGGCCGUCCUCGGCUGCUGAUCACGCCCGUAGACCUCUCCAACACGGGGUAUGAUCGCGUGUUUGUUGCUUCCAAUGGGGAUGCGGUUGUUGGGGCGUAUCCGAAUCUCGAUGCCGACCAGCAGGCAGCCCGAAGCUUGCGGGUGUCUCCUCUUUUGCAAGUGUCGGAUCCACUGGGCAAGGUGGAGGAUGAGAGGACGAUGCACAGAGUGCGAGCCGACUCGCGCAUGUACGUCUACCUCAACAGCCGUAGCAACAUGGACUUCAUCAACCGCGAAUAUUUCCUGGGACAUGCACAGUUCCUGCCCAUCAACAGAGAGGGACUCGAUCGCAGCACUCUGAACAAGAUCUUUGGCAAUCCGCGCCACCACUUUGUCAUGCCACCUCGCACACCGGAUGGGCUCCCGCUGGUGGUGCUGCGCCACACCAACCGUGGUCAUGUGGGGUCCACCAUGGUGGAAACCUUGACGGGCAGAUUGGGCGAAACGAAUCUCAUGUCGCUCUGGUCUCCCAUUCUUAGCGACGGGCGCAGAUUUACGUCGGUGCUGUACGGCAUUGUCAGCUUUGACGCCAGGUACACCUUCGAGGUUCAGCAACAUCUGCGUGCGCACGCCCAGAGUCAGAACGUCGAUGACUACGCCUUCAUGUAUACUUUCCGCUCGGCGCUGGAAAGUGCGCCGCACUGA